AUGGGUAAGGAUAGCGAUAGUGUAGCAAGGAGGACAUGCGGCUUGGAAGCGUACCCUGUCAAGCAGGCUGCUUAUCUCUCAACGACCAGCAUUUUUAUACGUCGAGGUAACUUCGCUUACGACCCGAUGAAGGGUUUCCUGGAGUCCCCAGGUCCUCAGGGGAGGCCAUCAAUGGUCAUCAAGGGUUUGCAGAACUCAUGGAUAUACAGACAGCAACACAUAUAUAUCAUAUAUCUACGUCCAGAUAAUAUCUACAACAUAAAGAAGGAAGAAGACGGGAAAAAAAGCAAAGGCUUAAAAAAAGAAAGAAAGAAGUGGAAAAAGGAUGACAUGCAAAUGCUUAAUAUUAUGCUUCCAGCCGGAGACUGCAUCCUGUCUUCCCCGAGCAAAUUACGCGAGCCAAUCCACAUCUGCGCGGACGAACUGGCUUAA